GCCAUUGGAAUGUUUUGGGUCGUCCAUUGAAUUUUGUUUGAACCUCUUGUCGAGUAAUGACAACUUAUUUUCUCUGAUUCACAAUGCUAUUCAUGGUUUUUGCUGUGGGAAGCUGGUAAUUCCGGAUAAAACAUCACAGAAUUUCUUCUCAAUUAUUGGAAAUAUCGACCAGCGAGAAAACUUGGACUCCAACAUCAAACCCGGAGAUCCCAGGUAUAAUGCAGCACUCUCUAUGAUGGCUUCCAAAUUGUCAUACGAGAACAAAGCCCGCAUUGAACACACAGUCACUCAGCUUUGGAAGAUGCAGUUCUUGGGAUUUUACGAGUAUUGGAAUGAUUUUCAAGAAAAAUCUACGACGCAAGCAUUCAUGAUGCGAGAUAAAUCCGAGGACCAUGAUACCAUCGUGGUGGCCUUUAGGGGUACGUUGCCUUUCGAUGUAGCUGCGUGGUGCUCCGACUUUGAUAUCUCUUGGUAUAGAAUCCCUAAAGUCGGAAAAGUUCACGGCGGCUUUAUGAAAGCUCUAGGCUUGCAAAAGAGUGCUGGUUUUCCCAAGGACAUGAUUGAAGAAGAAGAAGGUCGUGUUAAGAGGAACAGACCAUCACCCUUGGCCUAUUACGACAUUAGGGAAAAGCUUAGAGAGCUUUUGGGGCAAAACGACAAGGCAAAAUAUGUAUUAACUGGGCACAGUCUAGGUGGGGCCCUCGCAAUUCUUUUCCUUGCGGGUCUAACAUUGCAUGAAGAGAAGUUUUUGCUUGAGAGAUUGGAAGGAGUCUACACAUUUGGGCAGCCUAGAGUUGGAGAUGAAAAGUUUGGGGAAUUCAUGAAAAAGGAAAUCAUAGAAAAUGACCAUACUCGCUAUUUCAGAUUUGUUUACUGCAACGACAUCGUUCCUCGGCUGCCGUACGACUACAAGCCGCUCAUGUUCAAGCACUUUGGCACGUGCCUCCACAGUGACAGGCAUUACAAAGUAAAGAUUGCUGAUGAUGAACCAAGCAAAUAUUAUUUUUCACGGAGGAAAGCAAUAACCAUGAGGAUAAAUUCUGUUUUGGAGCUGAUAAGAAGCUUCACCAUUGCAUACACAAAGGGACCUGAAUUCAAAGAAGGGAAACUCAUGCGAUUACUUAGGGUAAUAGGUUUGGUGAUUCCAGGGUUGGCAGCGCAUUCUCCUCAAGAUUAUAUUAACACCACUCGGUUGGCAUCCAAAGAAGUUUUCCUCCCACCCAAGAAUUCGUCACAGAAGAACCCAAUAAUUGGUGGGUGAAGAUUUUGUGACUAUUUCAGAUAUGGGAUUUGAACUCUCUUGAGUGCGAAAGAAAAUGGCACUAACAAUAUUCAUGAAACAGUGCAAUAUUACAAGUUUUCAUUGAUCAAGUGUAAAGAGAUGGAGACAGUACUUUUAUCUUUAACACUGUCUCUCAC